AUGGCUGUUGUUUCCUGCAGUGAUAUUCAAUCAUUCUUGAGUAGCAAGAAAACUGAACACUGGAAAGCUGUAGGCAAAGACAUUGUACUUGAAAGCAAGUACUGCCCUGAAGCCGUGACCCAGUAUGCUGCAAAACCCCAGAAAAUCUUGGUAAAUGAUGUCAGGAACCAUCUUGCUUAUUUAGGGUGGAAGAUUGAGUCUUCGCGUGAAGGAGGAAACCUUAGAUUUCGAUACACCUCUCCUGAUGAUGCUAAAAGGUCUUACCUUUCUCUUCAUAAAGUUUGUUCGGAUUUAAGGGCGGCUAUGUACAAUGAGGAGAUUAAUGUUCAAGUUCAAGAAAUAGAGAGAAUGCUUGGGAUUGUUCCUCAAGUACCGGAAGAACCCAACAAGACACAGAUGCUUGAUGUGCAACAAGUUGUCAAUAGCAGUCCUGGUAAUUGCUCCAAACUCACGGAAACUUCUAAUGAUAAUGUUUUUGUUGAAUCUGAAUACUGUCCGCAAGCUGUUGUAGAUUGGUACUUGUAUGAUUGUAAGAAUAAGGAUACGAAUAUUGGGGUUAAGCCAGCAGAGAUGAAAAUGAAAGCAAAGAAACAUCUUUCAUAUAUGGGGGUGGGUGUUUUGGUAUGGAAUGAAGGAAGACGAGGGGCGAAAGAUGGGGAAAUUGUUGCUUUAAAUGGGAAUUUUUCCACUUAUUCUUUUGAUAUGGGAACCAUGGAUUCGUCUAGUGUAAUGCAGUCGAGAAAGAGGACGAGGGAGGUUGAUUUAUCUACUCCUGAAUUGCAGUUGUGUGAAACUGAAGAUAAUGUAUGUCAGAUGAAGGUUGAAUCAGCAAUAGGAUAUGAAGGCAAUAAGAAGCUGAAGACUUUGAAGGACGAAAAAACUAGCCCACCAAAGCGGAGAAGACAAAAGAAAAUUUUGAAUAUGUGCAGAUUAGGAGACAGACAGAAAGGUACUAAACGAAUAUCGCGAUCAAGCAAAAGAGUGCGGCAGGGGGUAGUUCCUAGUUCGUCCAAUGUGAAUCCUCGAACUGUCCUGUCUUGGUUGAUAGACAACAAUGGGGUGCUGCCAAGGGAGAAAGUAUACUACCAAGGCAGAGAGGACCACCGCCCAAUUCUAGAAGGGAAGAUAACUCGUGAUGGAAUCAAAUGCAAUUGUUGCCAGAAGGUAUUUACUCUUGGUGGCUUCCAAACACAUGCUGCAGGUAUCACACCCCACAAACCAGCAGCUAGUAUCUUCACGGACGGCGGUAGAUCUUUAUUAGAUUGCCAAAUGCAACUAAUGAGAAUGUUUGAAGCAAACUCCAACCAUACUGUGAUGAAUGGCAAUUGGAAACAGGGAGAGAAUGAUGAUGUAUGUUCUGUUUGUCACUAUGGUGGUGAAUUAAUUUUAUGCGAUAGUUGUCCAUCUUCAUUCCAUGAGAAUUGCCUUGGUUUGAAGAAUGUCCCAGAUGGCGAUUGGUUCUGUCCAUCAUGCUCUUGUGGAAUUUGUGGGCAAAGAAAAACUGGAGACACUCAAUUCCCUGGGGAUGAUGAAUUUCUCUGUUGUUAUCAAUGUGAACAUAAAUAUCACAUUGGAUGCCUAAGGAGUACAGAUAGGUUGCAAAACUAUCAUCCCGACAACAACUGGUUUUGCAGUAGUGGAUGUGAAGGUGUUUUCGUUGGUCUCCGGAUGCUUUUGGGAAAACCCUUUCCAGUUGGUUCUAGUAACCUCAGUUGGACGAUACUGCAGUAUUCUGACAGACUUGAUGUUGAAUCGCUGACAGAGAGCUAUAGCAAGCUCAAAGUUGCUGUUGAAGUGAUGCAUGAAUGCUUUGAGCCGGUGAAAGAUGCUCGUAAUAGCACGGACCUUGUUGAAGAUGUUGUGUUCUGCAGAAGAUCACACCUCAAUCGUUCAAACUAUAAAGGUUUCUACACUAUUCUUCUGGAGAGAAAUGAUGAAAUUAUUUCUGUUGCCAAUGUGAGGAUCCAUGGACAGAAGGCAGCUGAAUUACCUCUUGUUGGCACUAGAUUCCACUACCGUCACCAUGGAAUGUGUCGAGUCUUGAUGAAUGAGCUCGAAAGGCAACUCAGAAUAUUAGGUGUGGAGAAGCUUAUCCUGCCUUCAGUACCUGCAGUGCUACACACAUGGACUAAUUGCUUUGGGUUUUCCAUAAUGACAAAGUCUGAGAGACUGCAACAUCUGGAUACCACUUUCCUAGAUUUUCAGGAGACAGUCAUGUGCCAGAAACACUUAGUGAAGACCUCUUCAAUCCCAUCAUGGCCAAAACUCGUCCUUGGAAACAGUAAUAAUUAUGAUGAUUUAUAUGAUUCAAGUCCCAAGUCUGAAGUGCUGAAUGAAGAGGAUGAAGAGAAGAAGAGAUUUGUGGAGGAGGUACUACUGGAUUGUCCAGUAGAGGAAACAUUUGGCUAG